AUGCUGCCGUACCUGUUCCCUGAGCUGUCCACCUUUACUACAGUCGCCGAUCUUAUCACCCACCUUCGCACUAGUGAUGCUCGCCUGCGUGCCGCCCUUCCCACCGAGUUCUGCGCUAAGAACCCCCCUCCACUGUACUGGACACUCCACUUCAUAGUCACCCGUCUCCCUGACACCCUCAGCUCAGUUCGAGACCACUUCCUUGCUCGCUGUCCCACUGAGCUCACAGUCACCCUCCUAGAGGAGCAGCUGCUAGCGGCCGAAAAGAGCAUUGUCGCUGUCGGUGCUGCUCGUGGCGCUCCUCGCACCCCCAUCUUUGAGGGGUGUUCUCCCUCUCCCCUCGCUCCCUCCUACGCUACUGCUGCUGCUGUUGACUUCCUUGGUGCUGAGUCUGCUGGCGCUGCUUCUGCUCCUGGUGGGAGGCGCCGCACCGGCAAGGGCAAGGGGGGCAAGGGUGGCGGGGGUGGCGCUGGGGGGGGAGGAGGUGGGGGAGGUGGGGGGGGAGGCGGUGCUGGAGGGAGCGGUGGCGGGAGUGCUGGUGGGAGUGGGGUCGGCAGCGGAGGCGGGGGCGGCGGAGGGAGCGGUGGCGGUGGUGGCGGCGGCGGCGGUGGUGGCGGCGGCGGUGGUGGCGGCGGUGGCGGUCGGAGCGGUGGUAGUGGUGGCGGUGGUGGCGGCGGAGGUCGGAGUGGAGGCACUGGCUCGGCCCAGAGCUCCCAGCAGCAGCAGCGUCCCCAGACGACCCAGCAACUUCGUGAGUGGCUUGCUCAGCGUGGGACGUCGGGGGGCAGUGGCCGCUGUUCCUAUGUCAUUCGCACAGGUGACCGCAAGGGACAGACGUGUGGGAGGUUCCACACCCCGUACCGCUGCUUCUCCCGCCUUGACGACGCUUGGCGUGAGGAGAUGGGCGAGGAUGUUGAGCGCCCCCGCUGGGCUGAACUCAUGAGGGCUGGUGUUGAUAUCUUUGCUCUUGACUAUGAUGCUAUUAUUGCUGCCAUGUAUGCAUUGACUGUUAGUGCCGAGGGAGACUGUUACUUGUGUGUGCCGCCUGACCCAGGUAUAGAGCCCGCUGCCCUGGGUACUAGUGAGUCUGCUCUCUCAGGUACAGCACUCACAGAGACUGCUCUCUCAGGUACCGCACCGGCUGAGGCCUGUCACACCUUCACCCUUGACUCAGGUGCUUCCCGCUGUUUCUUUCGUGACAGUACUGAGCUCACACCGCUUCCUGCACCGGUACCAGUCUCCUUGGCUGACCCCUCUGGGGGCCCAGUCCUUGCCCAGUCCACCACUGUGCUCCCUUGUCCGGCGGUUCCGUCUGGCUCGUUGUCGGGUUUCCACCUCCCCUCGUUCUCGACGAACCUGGUGAGCAACGCUGUCAUCCAGGAUCAGUGGGUUGACACCUUUACCCCUGGAGGACAGCGUGUGGCGAUCUGCACGUGCUCCAGGACCGGCCAUCACCUGGCUACGUUUACCCGUCGGCCGGGGUCGAGUCUCUACACACUGACCACUGCGUCUCCUCAGGUCGCUGCUGUCGGUCAGGUGUCCGCGUCAGGUCUGGUGGCCCACACCUGUGAGUGUCGUUCCCUGUCGCACCAGACUCUUCUCUGGCACCACCGCCUGGGUCACCCCUCCUUGCCACGCCUCCGUGGCAUGCACCGUAGCCGCCUUGUGUCUGGUCUUCCCAGGUCCCUCCCUCCCCUCCCUGCCUCGCCUGCGCCACCUUGCCUUCCUUGCGUCGAGGGGCGGCAGCGCGCCGCUCCUCACUCCUCCUCGUUCCCCCCGACAGAGGCUCCUCUGCAGACCCUCCACCUGGACGUGUGGGGCCCAGCCCGCGUUCGUGGCCAGGGCGGUGAGCGGUACUUUUUGCUGGUUGUCGACGACUACUCGCGUUACACCACGGUCUUCCCCUUGCGCACCAAGGGUGAGGUCCCUGCUGUUCUGAUCCCUUGGAUCCGCACAGUUCGUCUCCAGCUCCGCCGCCGUUUCCGGACGGAUCUCCCUGUCCUGCGUCUGCACUCUGACAGAGGUGGUGAGUUUUCCUCUGAUCUCUUGAGGACCUUCUGUCAGGCGGAGGGCAUCGAGCAGACCUUCACGCUUCCGGACUCCCCACAGCAGAAUGGGGUUGCUGAGCGCCGCAUUGGCCUGGUCAUGGAGGUCGCUCGUACCUCCUUGGUUCACGCGGCGGCUCCCCAUUUUCUGUGGCCGUUUGCUGUCCGGUACGCCGCACAUCAGCUCAACCUCUGGCCCCGUGUCUCCUUGCCGGAGACCUCGCCCACACUGCGUUGGACGGGGGAGGUUGGCGAUGCGUCGCGCUUCCGGGUGUGGGGUGCUCGUGCCCUUGUCCGCGAUACGUCCGCGGACAAGCUCUCCUCCCGCACGCUUCCCUGUGUCUUCCUUGGCUUUGUCCCUGACGCGCCGGGCUGGCAGUUUUACCACCCCACCUCGCGCCGGGUCUUCGCCUCUCAGGACGUCACCUUUGACGAGUCGACCCCCUCCCCCCUCAGGGUCCUGCUCCUUCAGGUAGACCCUCCUCCCGUCGCUGAGCCUGUCGAGGUCACAGGUGACUCAGGUGCUGCUGCAGGUGGUACUGCUGGGAGUGCUGAGCCUGGGGGUGCUGAGCCUGCGGGUGCUGGGCCUGGGAGUGCUGGGACUGCGGGUGCUGGAGCUGAGGGUACUGUGCCUGAGAGUUCGGCGCCUGGGGGUGCUGAGCCUGGGGGUGCUGCGACUGGGGGUGCUGAGCCUGCGUGUGCGGAGUCUGGGGGUGCUGAGCCUGCGGGUACUGAGCCUGGGGGUGCUGCUACUGAGCCUACGGAGCCUCGGGUUACUGCGUCUGGGGGUGCUCCGGUUCGGGGUGCUGAGCAGUCUCUCACACCGCAGCAGCUUCGUGACUGGUACGUCCGGCGCUUUCGCCGUCCUAGUGGCUCGGCUGGAGUUGGGGGUGCUGGAGCUGCUCGUCCUGGGGGUGCUCGUACUGGGGGUACUGGAGCUGCAGGGACUGGUUGUUCUGGGAGCGCUACGACUGGAGCUGCUGGAGCUGGGGACUCUGGAGCUGGCGGUGCUAGCGGAGUUGGAGCUGCCGACUCUGGGGGUGCUCUUCCUAGCGGUGCUGCGGACCCUGGGGGUGGCGCUGCUGCUGGUGCUGCGGACCCACCUGGUGGAGCUGCUGCUGGAGCUGAGGACCCGAGCGGUGGCGCUGCUGCUGGUGCUGGGGACCCGGACGUUGGAGCUCCUGCUGGUACUGAGGACCCGGCCGCUGGAGUCUCUUCUGCUUCUGGAGACCCUGCGCGGCCGCGACCGUACUUCGUACCACUCCUUCAGCAGGUUCUUGGGCAGGCUCCUCCUCCUUGUCCUCCUCCCUCCGUAGAGUGUCCUCCGCCUGUCCAGCCGCAGUCCCAGUUACCGCCUACCUCGCCUCUCCCUGCUCCCUCUCCUUACACUGGUCCCACAGGAGGUCUUACAGAGCGUCGUGAGCCUGAGUCUCGUCCUGCGUCGCCUGUUCGUACUGCUCGCACUGGUAGUCGUGUCCGUCGUGAGCGUCCUCCUCCUGUCCCAGGCACUCACUACAUGACUCUGCGUCCGUCUACUGCUCCUCAGCGUGUCCCUCUACCGUCUCCUCCUGCGUCCUCUUUGCCUGCCGUUCCGGACCCUGAGUCUGACCGGUAUCGUGCUGAGCACCCUACUGUCACGCGUCUCCUAGCUACUGUUGUCACUGACCCUACCUUCGAGUCCUCGGCUGCGUCUGCUCUGGUCGCUGAGUUGGUUGACUUUGCUGCUGCCUGUCGUCUAGACUACGCUGCUAGCCUUGUUGCUGAGUCAGAGUCUGCGUCUGUCUGUCCUCCGUCCGUCGGGGGUGAGUGUGCUCUUGGCACGGACGUCCUUGAGGACAGGCAGGAGGACUUUGACUCUCUCGCGGCUGCUGUACCUCAUCUCGUGGCCUGGUUGCUUGCCCCUGAGGGAGACCCGGAUGCACUAGACAUCCCCACUCCGCGCACUUACGCAGAGGCGAUCUCGGGUCCCUACUCCUCUCAGUGGCAGACAGCCAUGGACGCAGAGAUGGCAUCCUGGAAGUCCACAGGCACCUACGUCGACGAGGUUCCCCCUCCUGGGGCGAACAUCGUCGAUGGCAUGUGGAUUUUCAGGGUGAAGCGGCCGCCAGGUUCUCCGCCUGUCUUCAAGGCUCGUUACGUUGCUAGAGGCUUCAGUCAGCGUCAGGGGGUCGACUUCUUCCAGACCUUCUCCCCCACCCCGAAGAUGACCACUCUUCGGGUUCUGCUGCACGUUGCUGCUCAGCGUGACUACGAGCUUCACUCUCUUGACUUCAGCACAGCGUUCCUGCAGGGCAGCCUGCACGAGGAGAUCUGGCUGCGCCGCCCACCUGGCUUUACUGGGUCGUUUCCCCCUGGUACCCAGUGGAGUCUCCGCCGGCCAGUCUACGGUCUCCGCCAGGCGCCACGUGAGUGGCACGACACACUGAGGACUACACUUGCGGCUCUUGGGUUCGCGCCGUCUACUGCUGACCCGUCGCUGUUUCUGCGCACAGACACGUCGCUGCCGCCGUUCUACAUUCUCGUGUACGUCGACGACUUGGUCUUUGCUACUGCUGACACUGAGGCACUCGCUCGUGUGAAGUCGGAGCUGCAGAAGAGACACACCUGCACUGACCUGGGUGAACUGCGUAGCUACCUUGGCUUGCAGAUCACCCGGGACAGAGCUCGCCGCACCAUCACCCUGACUCAGUCACACAUGGUGCAGCAGGUCCUUCAGCGCUUCGGCUUCCAGUUCUCCUCACCACAGGCCACACCUCUGGCUACCAGCCACUCGCUCUCAGCUCCACCUUCGGACGAGUCCGUAGAGCCGAGUGGCCCGUACCCAGAGCUUGUAGGCUGCCUCAUGUACCUGAUGACCUGCACGCGACCUGACCUCGCGUACCCUCUUAGCAUCCUUGCUCGUUACGUUGCGCCUGGGAGACACAGGCGAGAGCACUGGGAGGCUGCUAAGAGGGUGCUGCGUUACUUGUGCAGUACAUCAGGCAUGGGGCUGGUGCUUGGAGGACGUGACAGAGUUGUCCUCACUGGUCACUCGGACGCUUCUUGGGUGGACGACCUGGCUACGCAGCGGUCGUCACAGGGUUACACCUUCAGCCUUGGCUCUGGUUCUGUCUCGUGGCGGUCCACCCGCUCUUCUUCUGUUCUCGGCUCUAGUUGUGAGGCUGAGAUUUACGCCACAGCCAUGGCUGCACAGGAGUUACGCUGGCUCACCUACCUGCUGACUGACUUGGGAGAGCGGCCUAGUUCUCCUCCAGUUCUGUACGGUGACAACAAGGCGGCUCUUGCCUUGUGUCAGGAGCACAGACUGGAGCACAGGACGAAGCACAUUGCUCUUCGCUACUUUCUUGCUCGAGAGCUUCAGCAGCGCGGUCAGCUUCGGCUUGUGUACGUGGACUCGAAGGCCAACACUGCUGAUAUCUUCACCAAGGCGCUCCCGCCUAGUGAUCAUCAGCGGCACUGUACUUCUUUAGGCCUUGUGUCCACGUUUCCUCACUUGCUCACUGCUUGA